AUGAAUCAUACAAUCUGUGACAUCACGAAGCUAGCCAAGAUAAGCAAAACGUCUAUAACACUUCAUGGAAAAGUAAAUAUUAAGAGCACUGGAAGUAUUGUGGACGUAAUUAUGAAAGUCUACUCCGAUUCUCGUAAAAUUAACGAUAAACUGUAUGCAUACAGCAGGAACAUCUAUAAAGAAGAGAAGGAGAUUUUACCAGAUGUAUAUCCAAAUACAAUUGAUUCAGAUCCAUUUUAUCUUGAGGAGCACAUUGUUUAUUACAAAGAUGACAACAUUGUUAUCAUAAAAAUGUUCAAGUAUUGUAAAACCAUCGAACAGAUGAUUAAAAGCUUUCCAAAUAAAAGGAACAGCUUUUUUGUUGAACUUUUAGCACUUUAUGGAGACAUAAAGAAAAGAGAUAAUAGCUUAUGGCAAAACACGGCAUGCACAAUGAAAAAUAUCAUAUGGCAUAACGGGAAGUGGAUAUUUUUAAGCACAAUCUGUUGUCCAGGAUAUUGUCAACGCAAAGGAAUGGAAGCAGAUAAUAUACUUGCAAUUAUUGAUCUUUUUAAGUCUUAUGGAAUGACAAAUGAAGAACUAAUGAAUGGAGUGAAGCAACAAAUGCUGUCGAAUUAUUACUUUCCUUGUAUUUUUAGUCAGCUAAAUGGAUGGAAUUGGACUAUGGAAACAAGAUCCUUUCCAGAGGAAAUAAACAGAUUAAGUUUAAGUUUAAUUAGACAUCAUUCAAGACACAUCUCUAGCAAAUCACCUGAAACUUACAUCUAUAAAACUAUGGAAGAUUUUAUUGACAAUUCUGAAAAAUUUUACGACGAUUUCUACAUCAACAACUAUAAAAGUGGGGGAAAAUCAGCGAAAAACUAUUACAAGAAGCCAAAAUCUGCUGACAACAAAACAUCGAACUUAUUAAAGAAAAUCCAAUCACUUCCCAUUUCUAAACAAUCCAAAGAAUCUUUAACAAAAUUAGUGAUUAAUCAUACAAUCAGUGACAUCACAAAAUUAGUAAAGAUAAGCAAAAGGUCUGUGACACUUCAUGGAAAAGUAAAAAUUAAGCCGAAAUUACCUACCUGGUUUUACUUGGAAGAUAAUGUUGAAAAAGUUGAAGAUGUGAUUAUCAAAGUGUAUUGUGAUUCUUGUGGAAACAGCAACGAACUUUAUGCAUACAGCAGGAAUAUCUUUGACGAAAAGAAACCAAAGAUUUACGAAGAUUUUCCAAAAUUAAUUCAAAAAGAUUCAGCUUAUCUAAGAGAAAACAUCAUCCUGUAUAGUGUCGAUAAUGUUUCAUUCAUAAAAAUGUUCAAAGACUGCAAAACUUUAGAACAAAUGAUCAAAAGCUUCCCAAACAAUCGGAAUGCUUACUACAUUGAGCUUUUAUGGCUUUAUAAAGAUAUAAAGAAAAGAGAUGGGUUCUUCUGGAAUAACAAAGCAUGCACAAUGAAGAAUAUUUUAUGGCACAAUGGAAAAUGGAUAUUCUUAAGCACAAAUUGUAGUACUGGACAUUGCAAUUACCAAGGAUUAGAAUCUGAUAAUUUGCUUAAAAUUAUUGAACUUUUUAGCAUCAUUGAAGACACAUCUUUAGCAAAUCAUCUGAAACUAACGACUGUUAAAACUAUGAAAGAUUUUAUUGACAAUUCUGAAGAAUUUUACGACGAUUUCUACAUCAACAACUAUAAAAGUGGGGGAAAAUCAGUCAAAAAAUAUUACAAGAAGCCAAAAUCUGCUGACAACAAAACAUCGAACUUAUUAAAGAAAAUCCAGUCACUUCCCAUUUCUAAACAAUCCAAAGAAUCUUUAACAAAAUUAGUGAUUAAUCAUACAAUCAGUGACAUCACGAAAUUAAUAAAGAUAAGCAAAAGGUCUGUGACACUUCAUGGAAAAGUAAAUAUUAGGAAUAUUGGAAGUGUCAAUGAUGUAAUUAUUAAAGUUUACUGUGAAUCCUGUGGAAACCACAAUGAACUUUAUGCAUACAGCAGGAAUAUCUAUGAUGAAAAAAAGCCAGAAAUUUAUGAUAAAUAUCCGAGAUCAAUCCAGACUGACUCAGACUAUAUCAGAGAGAACAUAAUUCUGUAUAAAGUCGACAAUGUUGCAUUCAUAAAAAUGUUCAAGGACUGCAAAACCAUCGAACAAAUGAUCAAAAGCUCUCCAACCAAAAAGAAUGCUCAUUACAUUGAGCUUUUAGGUCUUUACAAAGAUGUAAAGCGAAGAGAUUGGUAUUUUUGGCAAAAUAAUGCAUGCACAAUGAAGAAUAUUUUAUGGCAUAAUGGAAAAUGGGUAUUUUUAAGCACAAACUGUAGUACUGGACAUUGCUAUCAUCAAGGAUCAGAAUCUGACAAUUUACUCAAAAUUAUUGAGCUUUUUAAAUCUUAUGGAAUGUCAAAUGAAGAACUCAAGAAAGGAUUAAAGGAACAGAACAACCUUGACAGCUUUCCACAAAAUUUUAAGAAGAAAGACUUUUAUGAUAAGCAUUUUCCUAUGUAAAAUACAGUACUUAAGACAUAAUGCUAAGAAGUAAACUGAUCCAUGUGAUUUACUCAGAAUGUACUUAAAGCUUUCUUUAAAUUAAUCAGAC